AGGAUUACACGCCAGGAUCCAGGGCCAUCUCCCAAAAAGAUGAUCCAUUUCUAGGAACGGCACACCGCACAGCCUGGUGUACUCCGCUCGAGCCAAUGAGACGUAUUAAAACCUUAAGUGCCAUGGUUGUCCUGGUCACUUUGUUCCUGAUCUUCUUCUACUCAACACUCCACCUAGAGACGGCCUACAGCCGCAGGGCUGGACCCGGCGGGCCCCUGAAGCAUCCCACCCGCCAGGUUCAAGACAGCGAUGUGAAGACACCAUCCUUCACCACGCCGCACCCUGAAGUCCAUGAUGUGUCCGUCUCUGAUGUCCUCAGACAGAUCAUCCCUCAAAAUGGCGCGUACUGGAACCGUCUGCUGUACUCUGCCCUCAGGAAUCUGGACAAGGGAGAAGAUCCUUUCAGACAUGACACCAAUUGGUCCAGCUGCAGGGAGACAAGUCAAGAGUUUCUGCACAACAACAUGCAUGACUUCUCCUCCUACCCAGUCUUAUUCCAGGACUUUUUGCAGGGCAUGAAGUGCAGGACCCCUCCAGUCCUGCUCAAUCAACCCAACAAGUGCAUCUCUGGCGACGGGAAGGGGGACAACCAGACCUUCCUGCUUUUUGCUAUCAAGUCGACUCCUGGGAACUUUGAGCGGAGGCAGGCUGUGCGGGAGACGUGGGGGCAAGAGGGGACGCAUCACAGUGGACUGCAAGUGCGCAUUGUGUUUCUUCUGGGUAGCCCCUCGCUGGACGACUCCAACCUCACACCACUUCUGUCAUUUGAAGCGAGCCAAUUUAAGGACCUGGUGCAGUGGGACUUCCACGAAUCGCUCUUGAACCUGACGCUCAAAAUGCACAUGUUCCUCCAGUGGACGCUGAAAUUCUGCCCCAACGCCUCCUUCGUCUUUAGUGGGGACGACGACGUAUUUGUGAAUACACCGGCGGUACUUCGCUACCUGCAGUCUCUGGAGCCUUCCAAGGCCUCUCGGUUGUAUGUUGGACAUGUCAUAAGCACAGCAAAUCCCCUCAGGGACCCCCAAAGCAAGUACUACAUUCCCCUGAGCUUCUAUGACGGCCCAUACCCUGCGUAUGCUGGCGGGGGAGGUUUUCUGAUCUCUGGAGCGUUGCUGCAACCCCUACAUUCAGUUUCACGUGUCAUUCCUUUUUUCCCCAUCGACGAUGUCUACGCUGGGAUGUGCAUUAAGGUUGUGGGGGUUUCUCCUGAGGUAAACAACGGCUUUCAGACAUUUGACGUCAAAGUGCAGGAUCGUGAGAACCUGUGUGUACAUAAGGGUCUCCUUCUGAUUCACCAGCGCUCCCCACAGCAGACGAAGAAGCUGUGGAAGGGCAUCCACAGCCCCUUGUUGACUUGUUGAAUAGGACUGGUGAGCGAAAGAUGCAGGGAUUCAAUAACAGAGGAAA